AUGAGCUCAGAAGCAAUAACUACUAAAAAUAAGGCGGACGUUAUGUCGAGAUUGAACGUGCCUGAGGAUUGUCCGAAAACCAAUGCCCAUAGGGUGACAAAAACUAUCGUCACAUCGCCAAAAAUCUACAAGCCCGUCGGGCCAUACAGUCAAGCCAUUCUGACUGACAAAACGCUGUACGUAUCAGGAGUUUUGGGGCUUGACGUAGACGCUCAGUUGGUCUGCGGAGGCGCCGAGGCCCAGGCGAGACAGGCGCUUGACAACCUCAGACACGUGCUCGAGGCGGGCGGCGCCUCUUUGGAGUCGUGUGUCAAGACUACCAUACUCCUUGGCAAUAUGGACGAUUUCCAGGAUGUCAAUCAAGUGUAUGCAGAAUAUUUCCCAAAAGAUUUUCCGGCGCGGGCUACGUACCAGGUGGCCAAGCUGCCGCUGGGCGCGGCCGUCGAAAUCGAGGCGAUUGCCCUCAGCGGCGACCUCGUCGUGGCUGAAGCGGGCCCUUGUCCCUGUGCUCGCUCUUAGUGCCCUCAAAUAUACUUCUCUCUUAUGCUGUAGUAUCGCAUACAUAGAUCUGACAAGACUAUCUGAUUUUGAGUAUUUAUAACGACCGUGACCGUGGAAAAGGGGUGACAAAUUAACCUCUUUUUCCAGAGUAUUUCAUUCUACUAGGGUACUUACUAUAAUUUAGAAAUUAUAUCAAACAAGCUAAAGCGGCUAUAUUUAAUUAAUUUUGAUGAUGCGUUUCUUAUCUUAUAUUGAAUUUGCACUUAAUAAAAUUAUUUAAUUUAAUUUGGUGCAUUACUAACUACCAAUCGUAAAUUCACAACAUUUGCCUAUGGAUUUUAUAGAAGCACACGACUACAUUGU